AUGCCGGGCAAGAGAGGAAAGAAGCCGCCGCGCUCGUGGUCCAUGUUCCCCGAGCUCCACGACCAGGUCGCCGAUAGACUUGAAGAACAUCAGCUUGACUACACCUUCUUCGACAAAGAUGAGGAUCUCGGCACCAUCCAUACCUUCGACACCAACAUCAUGGGGCGGUUCGUAUGCCACAACAAUAAAUGUGACUCUCCUGGCUGGCAGAGUAUGGUCGUUGCUAUCACGAUCCGCGAGUACUCCCGCAAUCGCUACAAUGUCCGUGUGUACCACCAGCGUUGCCGUGAAUGCAACUACCUAAGCAAGCCAAAGCUCAGAGAAGAUACGUAUGUCGACAGAGUCACAUACCGAAUCAAGAAGUGGAAUGGAGUUGAGGUCGAGAAACCAAAGUACUCUGACAAGCGCACGGAGCCUCACGAGGAAGAUCACUGCGAGGGAUGCAAGGCCGGACACUGCAAACGAGGAAAUCGGGACUACGAGGACAAAAUGUAUUUCGCUUGA